AUGGCGUCUCUGCUCCGCCUCCAGGCCCUCUUCUCCCUUACGCUGGCCACUCCCCGCCGUCUCCCAUCCCAUCUCCGCUGUGCCGCAGCAGUUGCGUCUCCGCUCCCUCGCCGCCUCCCUGCUGCCGCCUCGAACGGCUCGCCGGAGCAGCGGGCCUCGGAAACGGAUUUGGAGUCGGGGUUGUAUCUAGUGGCGACACCCAUAGGGAACCUCGAGGAUAUCACCUUGAGGGCAUUGCGUGUUCUGAAAUGUGCUCAUGUGAUACUCUCUGAAGACACAAGGCAUUCUGGAAAGUUACUUCAGCAUUACAACAUCAAAACACCUCUUCUCAGCUUCCAUAAGUUCAACGAACGAGAGAGAGAGCCCAUUAUCUUAAAGAGGCUCCAUGAAGGGGAAGCAAUUGCAGUGAUUAGUGAUGCUGGUACUCCAGGCAUCAGUGACCCUGGCAUGGAGCUGGCUAGACUAUGCGCGACUGAAAAAAUCCCUGUUAUUCCCAUUCCUGGGCCUUCUGCAGCAAUUGCCGCUCUUUCUGCAUCGGGUUUGCCAACAGAGGAAUUCACAUUUGUGGGUUUCUUACCAAAGCAUGGUCGAUCAAGAAAAGCCAGGCUUGAGGUAUCUGCUCGUGAGGCUGUGACACAAAUAUUCUAUGUUCCUCCUCAUGGAAUUCAUCAGUUUCUUCUUGAUGCUGCUUCAUCUUUUGGCGAUUCAAGGUCAUGUGUUAUUGCAAGGGAGAUUACCAAAUUGCAUGAAGAGUUUUGGCGAGGAACCCUAGGCGAAGCAAAUGAAGCCUUUGCAUCUCGACAGCCAAAGGGAGAAAUCACCAUCCUCAUAGAUGGGAACUCAGUUUCAAUUGAUGAAACACCAUCUGAUGAUUUUCUUGAGCAUGAACUCAGAGAAUUGAUGGCAAAAGGGCAUGCUCUUUCAACGGCGGUGAAAUUGGUGGCCGAAGCUACAUCAGCAAAGAAGAAAGAUGUUUAUGCACUAGCACUGAGGGUGUUUGGAAAAUGA